AUGUGCCUUACGCUUCUUAAACGUAAAUUAAGGUCCUCUGAAUCUAGCAGCGAGAACCUCUUUUCGGUCACAACAGAAGCUAAUGAUAUGGCAGUUUUAGUAGUCAUUGUUCGACGACGAGAGGUGCAGUUAGUACAUUCAGAGAUAAGGGUGAACACCGACUACACCAACAAAGCAAUAACCCACGACUCCCCCUCAUCUGUGAUACACGUGGAGAGCUACGACGACGACCACAACCUCCGCAGGGGCUCCUCCCAGAUAACGGUCGUCGACCCGUACCACCCGUCCCUGCAGCGGUCGGCGCCGUCCAGGAGGUCCUCUGGCGCCGACCUCUUCCCCAGACGCACAUCGGGCGAGGUCUACCACGACGACCAGUUCUUGCCGUCUUCGCGAAAGACGUCCGUGGACGCCGUGCUGCCGCGUCGCGCGUCGGUCAGGCACUCGCCGUCGUCGCCUGACCACCACAAAGACAUUCCCGAGGAGCAGGCGAUCCUGGACGACGACCAGCAGGAGAAGAAGAGCGUGUCCUUCGAGGAGGAGGAGGAGGAGGAGGAGGGGGAGGAGGAGGGGGAGGAGGAAUAG